UCUUCUCCUCCUCCUCCGUCUUCUUCUUCUUCUUCUCCUCCUCCUCCUCUGUCUUCUUCUUCUCCUCCUCCUCCUCUGUCGCCUGCAGGGAGUCGAUACUCAUCAAUAGUAUCGAUCUGCAGCAGCGCGGGAACCGGAGUGUGAAGUUAAGAAGAAGAAGAAGACGCGCUGAAUCGCGUCCACGUGCUGAAGCGAAGGGACCGAGCAAAGUGAAAGUAAAGACGCAGGGAUCAGGAGCUCGAACCGGAUCAGCAGCUCGAACCGGAUCAGGAGCUCGAACCGGAUCAGGAGCUCGAACCGGAUCAGCAGCUCGAACCGGAUCAGCAGAAGCUCCAUCUCCAGCAGACUCAUGGCCGCAGCAGAUACAAAGCUGGGAGGAUGUGAGGAGUCCAGGCUCGGGUCAGAGGAGACCAGGACCAGGUCGUCGGGGCCCGUGGGCUCCUGGGAGUCGGAGCUCACCUCCAUACAGCACUCGCUGAAGUUUGUUCUGAAGCUGAGGGAGGAGUUUGUUUGUCCCAUCUGCAGAGCCGUCGUGCUCAACCCCCAGCAGAACUCCUGUGGACACAUCUACUGCCUCCACUGCCUCCAGGGACUCCUGGAGAGUUCGUCACUGUCCAGCGCCGUUUGUCCAGUGGACGGAGCCGUGAUCACGGCCGCUGAGGUUUUCCAGGACAACUGCUGCAAACGAGAAAUCUCCAGUUUAGAAGUUUUCUGCACCAAUUCCCCAGCAUGCACCUCUGUCCUCACCUUACACCGCCUGCAGGAGCAUCUGAGGUUGUGUCCGUACGAGCAGCUGCAGUGCUCAAGUCCAGCCUGCAGGGCGGUGCUGCAGAGGAGAUACCUGCAACAACACCUGACCAACACCUGUCCUCACCGCCUGGAGCCCUGCCCACACUGCAGGCGACCGCACAGACUCAGCCUCAUGCAGGAUCAUGUGCAGAGCUCGUGUCCCGACGUGGACGUGGACUGUCCCAACAGCUGCUCCCUGAAGGUCCCCAGGCACACGCUGACCGAGCACAGAGAGUCGUGUCCCGAGGUCCACGUCAACUGUCCUUACAGGAAUUUCGGCUGCUCUGUGCAGGAUAAAAGAGGGAAAGUGAAGCUGCACGAAGACGCCGCCGUCAGUCGUCACAUGCUGCUGGUCCUGAGGAGCAACUCCGACCUGGAACAACAAGUGGAGGUUCUCCAGGAGGAGGCGCUGCUGCGGCAGCAGGACGCCCAGACGGACAGUUUACUGCUCACCGGUCUGCAGAAGAGGAUCCAACCGCUGCUGAAGCAGAGCAGCUGCCACGAACAUGCCGUCUCUUCGGCUCAGAGGAACCUGAGCCGGCAGCAGGACGUCCUGUCCACCGUCCAGCUGGACGUCCAGCAGGUGUCUCGUGGACUCCCUGGUCGGGAGGAGCUGGAGCAGCUCAGACAGUCUCUGGACGCCGUGAUGCAGGAGGCGUCGGCGGCCGAGGCCCUCAGAGAACACCUGGGAUCUUUGGAGGAGAAUCUGCAGCGCCACGCGGGCCUCCUGGAUCUCCACGCCGCGCAGCUCAGUCACAACAAGCAGCGACUGCAGGAGCUGGAGGCCACGUCCUACGACGGGAAACUCAUCUGGAAGAUCAAGGACUUCAAGAGAAGGCAGGACGCCGAGGCCAAGGGUCAGCCGCCGUGCCUGAGCAGCGUGCCGUUCCACACCGGACGCUGCGGCUACAAGAUGGCCGUCAAAGCCUACCUGAAUGGGGACGGCGAGGGGCGAGGGACUCACCUGUCCCUGUACGUGGUCCUGAUGCCGGGAGACUUUGACGCGCUGCUGCCGUGGCCUUUCAGAUGGACUGUGUCUCUGUCGGUUCUGGACCAAAGCGGUGCCGGUAACAACCGGAGCCUCAGCUUCAGACCCGACCCUGCGUCCAAAAGCUUCCAACAACCGGCCGCCGAGUCCGUGGGCAACGUCGCCGUUGGAUUUUCAUCCUUCCUUCCUCUUAACCAGCUGGAAACUCCCGGGAACGGCGUGUACGUCAAAGACGACACACUGUUCGUCAAGAUAAGAAACGAGAACAUGGACGAGGUCAAAGUGACUGGAACGUUCUAGAAGCUCCUGUUCCACUCCAGAAGGACCGAGGAGGAGAAUCCCAUCACUCCUCUUUACUCCGCAGCAGAAACUUGAUGUCACACUCUGU